AUGGAUGUAAAGUAGAUUCUGAAUGACAUUGCUGAAUAUGGGGAAGUAACUAAAUCUCAUAUUCAUAAUUUACAUGCAAACUUUAUAGGUGAUUCGAAGUAAUACAAUUGAAAUAAUUUAUAGGAAGUUCACAAAUUAGUUGGAAUAAUGCUAUUUAUAAUUAAUUAAAAAGUGUAAUGGAACUUCAAAAUAAUGUAGAGUUCUAUUUGAGACCUUGACAGAAUAAUUUGUAGGAUUUAUGAUUAAGAAAUGGAAAUAAUCAUUAAAACAACCACAUUUGAAUCAUAAAUAGAGUGAAAACACUAGGAAGUAUUAAUAAUAUUAAUGUAGGUUUAUUGUAUAUAUGGUAAAGUUAUUUGUGGAAGGAGUGAAUUCUCAAAAUUAUUAUACAAGAAUAUUUUGUGGAAGACAUCUAUUUAUGAUUUUACAUAAUAUUCCAGGUAAAUUCUAUAAUAAGUUAUUGGAUGAAAAGUUAUCUUAUGAAUUAUUGAAUACUACUGUAGGAUUGUUUUUGAAGAGAAGAAAUAAGGAUGUUGGAAGAACUUAAAAAGGAUUGGCAAUAAAAUUAGGAUCAUAUUUAUAAAAUAUUACUUGGGAAGAAGGAAAAUCAAAAUAAUUGAAAUAAGGAAUUUAGGCUUUAGAAAUACAGAUGGUUAAGACUAUUUUAGAAGAGGAAAAGAAUGAAUUAAGAUUGGAUGCUUUAAUAAAUACUGAAGUAAAUGAAUUUACAUUGUAGUAUAUAUUGAUGAGACUUAGAGAUACAGAUGUUAAUAUAAGAUUAUAAAUAUUUACUAAACUUAUGAAAAAUGAUAUAAAUAUUUAAUAAUUAAAUAUUUUGGAUAGAUAUUAAGUGAUUUAUGAUGGUUUAAGAGGAAGCAAUAAUGAAAAAGUUAUAGAAUCAUGUAAAUUCUAUAUUUAACAUUCAUUUCAACAAUUGAUUAAUUAAAGUGAAAAAUAAAAAUAAAAUAAAGGUAUUGGAUAAAUAGUAAGGAACUUCUUAAAUUUAUUUGAGAUUGAAAAAACAUUAAUAUUUCCUUAAUUAUAUUCUACAAUUUAAGAUGUUUUAAAAAUAUUAAUAGAAUCAUCUCACCAAGAAAACUUAUUAAUUUAUUUUCGUGAUACUUUAAAGAAUUUAAGUUAUAAGACUAGUGGUGCUGAAAUGACAUUAAUUAAGGUAAUUUGUCAAAUGAGUAAGAAUUCUUAGGAAUAAAUUAAAUUGAUGUCAUAAAUGAAUUAAAUUAUAGAGUAGAAUUAUCCUAGUUGGAAAUAAAUAGUAGAAAUAUUAAAUUAGGAUUUAGAUUUAUUAUAAUAUAACGAAUUGUUUUAAAUUGCUUAAUUAUAAUUAUAGUUUUAGACUGUUUUAGAAUAAACAGAUUAAAAUAUUUUAUUAGAAUAAAUGAUUAAAUUUAUAAGUGAAUAAAAAUAAUUGGAAUGUCCAAGAAUAUAGAGCUAGAUUUAUAAUGAUAUUUAUGAAUUUAAAACUAAUUAGGAAAUUGAAUUUUAAUGGUUUGCUUAAAACUCAAAUUAAAUUUAAAUAGUUAAAAGUUGGUAUGAAUUAUUAAUACCUGCAAUUAAAGUAAUGAGAUUUUUAGUAUAAUCAUAAGAUCAUUUAAUUGAACUCAUUUUGAAUGUGUUUUAAAAACUAUAAAAACAAAAUGUUAUGGAUAAGAUUUAGAGUUUGGAUAAAAUAAUAAAAGAAAAAGGUGAUUAAAGAGAAAAACUUAGAAAUGAAAGAAUUUAAUUGAUGAAAUAAAAGAAAUAUGAUCAUAAAACUUUAUAAUUAAAUGAAUCAUAUUCAAAAUAAUUAGAAUAAUCUUUAUUAUAAAUAUUCAGUGAAUUAGAUUAACUAAAUGAAUUCAAUUAAUAAAUUGAUUUACAUAGUCUUUAUUUAUUAGAUGCUUUAAUAACUUAAUUGGAUUUUGAUAAAGUUGAAGAUCGUACAUUUAUUAAAUUAAAGAACAUUAUUGUCUAAAUAAAUAACAACUAUGUACUUUAUGAAAAUUGUUUAGCUAAAAGAUUAUCUUAUAGAUGUUUAGCAUAUAUUCCCUUAUUUGGAAUGAACAUUGAUGGUAGUGUUAUUCCUAAAUUUGCUAAAUUUUUACAAAAUCCAUAUGAACUCAAAUAAUAUGAUCCUGUUAUUGUAAUAAUUGCAUUAAGAAGUAUAUUGGACUCUUUUUCAGUAUAUCAUGAAGAUUUAAUUUGGGUAUAUGAUUAAGAAUAAUAUGAAAAAUGGAAGAUUAUGUAAAUAAUAAUGAAUUAUGUUUUCAAAUAUAGUGCUAUAGUAUAAUUAACAGCAAUUAAAGGUCUAGGAAGUUUACUUAUAAAUAAUAAAUUAUAAAACCCUUAAGUUUGGAUUGCUCAAUUAUUAUUUGUUUGGUUUGAUAGUAAGUUUAGAAAAUAGAAUGAAAAUCUUGAAAGAAUGAAUUGUAUAAUUAAACUCUAUAUCAAUACUUCAGCUUAAUCUUUAUAUACUUUUGAAAAAGCUUUGGAGAUUUAUUUUGGUAUCUGCCUAAGUAUGAUUAAAGAUCAAAGUUCAAUAUUAAAUCCUUAAAUUAUGAGUAAUUAAAAAUGGUUAGAUAAUUCAUUGAUUCAAAUAGCCACCAAUAGCAUCAAAUUUAUUAGCUAUAAACCUAUUAAUGAAAAAUAAAUUUUAGAAUUUAAAAAUGAUAUUGAUUCCAAUUAGAUCAAAUCUAAUUUUAUUGGACCUUAGGAAAGACUUAUUAUUUUCUUAUGUAAAUCAUUCACAGAUGAAAAUAAAGUUAUUCUUUAAUAAUUAAUUAGACUGGUUAUUAAGUAAACCGAUUUUUUAGAAAUGUAUUCAACAAUACCAAAUGAAUAAAAUAAAAUAAAUUUAAACCCCUCAUUUUAUUAAUGUGUAAUUCAAACUUUAGAAGAAUAUAUAUGCCAAUUAUAACAUUCUAAUUUAGAUACUAAAGAAGAGAUUAUAUUUAUUAAUGUUUUAAAAGAUGAAGUAGCAACUAAAGGUUUUGAUGAUGGAUAAUAAUUAAAACAAUCUCUUAUCUAAGAUUUUUAUAUGUAGAUUAUUGAUAUUAAUAACUUAAUUAAAGAAUUAAAAAAUAAUUCAAUAAUCAUUCAAGGUCACUAUCAUAAAGAAGAAGAUUACAAAGGUAUUAAUUAUUAUUCUAUAUAUUUUAGAUGAAUUAAAGUCUACAUCAGAAGAAUUAAAAAAAAGGAAGAAAGUUUCACUUAGUAAAUUAGAAACUACAUUUAGAGAAACGGACAAUUUCAAGAAAAGAUAAUGA